CAGUGCACGGAAGUUUGGUCUUGGAUAUCAUCCGUGGAUUUCAUGGAUCUGCAAACUGUACGAAUCUGUUGACAACAUUGUAGUUCGGAAUUCCACAUGUUUCCCCGAGCUAAACUCGGAAACGUAGCGGCGGGUCGUUGACUAUUGACGGAAAUGCCGCGUGACCUUCAGAUAUUGACAAGUUUAUUGAUCGUGUAACUACGGUGUAGAGAAGAUAAGACAUUUGUUGUCAUCAGUCUCCGUCACAGUCACCUACAAUCAAUUGCCAUAUUUUUCCUCUUCAAAUUUCAACCGAUGUGUAGCGGCAUUACACCCGCCUAUCGACAUGUUCAUAGUCCUUUCAACUGGAUAGUUGUCAGAACUGAAAACGCCGAUGUUAAACGCAAGUACUCACCUGGCUACACGAUUCCUCCUUAGAAGCCGUGCCGUGGUUCCAGGCUCAGCUACUCAACCGAAUCGAUCCGCGAACAUAUUAUGAAAGUGACAUGGUGACAGUUUCAUCCGUGACAUUUACAUCUUCAGAUUUUGUGUUAACACUACAUACCUAUUUCAUUUGCUUUGAGGUAUCCAUGGAGAAAUAUUUCCUUCGGCAUCAUAUUUUUCAAUUAAAAUGAUAGGAGUUGACAUGUACACAAUGCAGAUGCGUACUUUCUCACCAUGACUAGCUUGACUUUGCAACUGGACAACGAGCAGAUUACCAAAUUAUUUCCCAAGUGUAAACCUCGUCAAAGGAACUGCAUUUCAACAGAUGUCAAUUUAAAUAACGUACAGUUUCGUAAUUUCUGUGGUGAUGACCUAUGCUUCCCAGUUUUGAAAAUGGACUCAGAUCUGUGGCAGAAAAGAGUCAACUGUGGCGCUAAUAUGGGAGGAGAUGAAGGAGGGGAGGCUGAAGAGGAAGAGUGCAAUAGCCCGAAUGAAUCAUCUUUAGGCGGUGACAGUAAUGAUGAAGAUGAUGAUGAAGACAGUGGACGUAUUGUUCUCACUCUGAAAAAUAGACCUAGCAAAACAAAUACAUAUAAAUUGCGUGAUUCUAGAAUCAUUCAAAUAGCUGGUGGUAGAGAGGUUUUCAGUCAAAGCCGCAGUAAGUCUAGACGCAAAUCAUCAAUGAUUGAUCAUUCCUCCAACAAUAAGUCAUCAGUAGCAUCUUCAUCGUCAUCUUCUGGAGCAGGUACCAGCGUCUGGGAGUUGAGAUCCCGAUACAGUAAUCUGAGCAACUCAGGAAAGACGUAUAAGUUCCCAGAACAGGAAGUAACUGAAACUGUAUUUUCCUCAGAGAUACACUCAGUAUUUCACCCAAAGCCUCAGCAAAUUCUUUCGAGUCAAGGUGGCUCGGUUGUUUUCAAUGACAUUGAUGAUACUGAUUUUUGUGCUCAGAGAUCCACAUGUCCGAAUGAAUUAUCAAGUAACUUAUCGCCUAGUCCAACCCCUCCUCCACCGCCACCUCUUCCUUCAGUUUCUCUUAGUGAAAAAACCAGCUCGUUUAAAGCCUCAUCUCGUACUCCUACCAAUGAACCACUAUCACAACUUGAGUACCCUGAAAUCUACACGCAAAGUAAAGGAAGCAGUGACACCGACUGUAGCAAAGUAGCAAGAAUCAUUGGUAACUUACCAAUAGCUGAGUAUGAAGGUUCUCCCAGGAGGUAUGGUCUAUAUCAGAGGUCUAGUUCAGAAAAAUCGAACAAUUGCACUGGGAUUUGUCAGCCUUUGCCCACUGCCAGAUCUCUAUUAGCAUCACCAUCCGCUUAUUUACCUCGACCAGGCUUUCCUCAGAGAGUUAUGAGAGAAGAUUUCUGUGGCAGUCCAUCACUGGCCCUCUCUCCUACCAAACCAAAUUGCAAUACCUCCUCAGCAUUUGAUUACCUGUAUGAGUUUUCAGAAACCAGAAAAGUACUUGAGGAAUUCUUCAAGCCUGCUUUAGAAUCAAAUUCUGAACAACCUGAUAAACAUUUCGACAAUCCUAAUCAAUUUCAGGAAUUAGAUUAUGAACUCAGAAGGCACCAAGGCACCAAUCUAUGUAAAUCAAAGGAAGGUAAUUCUUAUGUUGGAUCGCGUCUUGCAAAACCUGAGGAAAGCAAUAGUGUUGGACAUUCACCCAGAAAACCUUUCAAUUCCACUGAUUUGAACAAAAAGUUUAUGAGCAUAUCAAGGGAGGAUUUAUCUCAGCCAGAUAUGUUGAUGCAGAAACCAUGCUGCUAUUUAAAUUUAUCAGCUGAUAGCACUGAUUGUGAUAGUAAUUGUGACAGCGAGCUGAGUUCAAUUGCACUGAGUUCCUUGGAUAUAGCUGAACGACCUCUUUCCGGUGGAAGUGGUGGAGCAAACCUAGCAACUGGGUCUUCAGGAGAUAAACUCACGUACUCUAGUAUGCCUGUCGUCGAAGAUGGGUUAUCAUCUGGACAUGCUAGUGAUACAGACAAUAACAAUCCAACUACAAUUCUAAUGAAGCGGCAGAUUACUGAAAUUGAACGAGAAAUAGUCCAAAGAUCCACUAAAAUAUCAGGAAAUAUCAAUAAUAACAAUAAUUGCAACACGAACAACAGCAACAAUAACAAUAAUAAUAUCUGUAACUCUACCAUCAACCCGAAAUCUAGUCCUGAAAUGAAGCCAAAGACACCCAUAAUUACUGCAGAUGACUUAGAUUUGCAGUCUCUUGAUCCUCUUGGUUCAGUAUGCACUACUCUUCCUUCCACCCCCACAGAGUAUGGGAACUAUGAUAGACAUCACAAGGAUUCUUCUUUUACCUCUCAGCAGCUUUGCGAUUCAGGUGGUGUUGAAGCUGCAAUAAAAGAUAUCAGACUUACUCUCCAACGCACCAGAACUCUUCCUUUACCUCCUCCUUUAUCAAACGACAUGAUAGAAGAAAAUCUUGAAACUCAUCAACCAGUUACCCCCGUUUGGAUACCCAGGAAGAAGAGUGGACAAAUCGUGUCAGGUGCAAGUGGAGAUGAAGGAGGAACUGAUGAAGCUGACACUGACUUGGAAACAGACCGUCUUUUGGGUCAGCAAAGAACUGACGACCAAGGUUUCUUUGAUGAUGAAAUGAAUUGGAAAAAACCUAAAUCCAGAAUAUCAUCCAGAAGCCUAUUGAAUAACUCUAACAAUUGUGCUAGUGGAGACAGAACACCUGCUUCACCUCUGUCAUCCCCUCUGACUCCUCCUACUUCCAAUACCAAUAAUAUGGGCAAGGAAAAAGAGGGGAAAAAGAAAGCGCGCAACAAAGAAGGAAUGUUGCUUGAACCAACAGUGCUGAUAGAAGGAGUCUUAUUCAGGGCUCGUUACCUAGGUUCUACUCAGUUAGUGUGUGAGGGUCAGCCAACCAAAAGCACCAGAAUGAUGCAAGCAGAAGAGGCUGUGUCCAGAAUAAAGGCUUUGGCACCUGAAGGAGAGACUCAACCAAACACUGAGGUAGACCUGUUUAUAUCAACUGAGAAGAUAAUGGUCUUAAAUACUGAUUUGAAGGAAAUCAUGAUGGAUCACGCUUUACGCACAAUUUCUUAUAUUGCUGAUAUUGGUGAACUUGUAGUGCUGAUGGCUAGACGGAGAUUCAUCCCUCAUGAUGUAGAUGACCCUCCUAAAAUUAAUCGGACUCCUAAAAUGAUCUGCCAUGUAUUUGAAAGCGAGGAGGCCCAAUUCAUAGCGCAAUCUAUUGGUCAAGCUUUCCAAGUCGCAUAUAUGGAAUUUUUGAAGGCUAAUGGAAUAGAGGAUCAUAGUUUCGUAAAAGAGAUGGACUAUCAGGAAGUAUUAAAUUCUCAGGAAAUAUUUGGUGAUGAGCUUCAGAUGUUCGCCAGAAAAGAGUUGCAAAAAGAGGUUGUUGUGCCCAAGGCUAAAGGAGAAAUCUUGGGUGUUGUGAUAGUAGAAUCUGGUUGGGGCUCAAUGCUACCCACUGUUGUCAUAGCCAAUUUAGCACCGGCAGGAGCAGCAGCUCGCUGCGGUCAACUUAAUAUAGGAGAUCAAAUUAUCGCAGUCAAUGGAGUCAGUCUUGUUGGGCUUCCCUUGUCAACUUGUCAAAACUACAUAAAAAACUCAAAAACCCAUACAGUGGUCAAAUUGACUGUCGUUCCUUGUGCACCUGUUGUGGAGGUUAAAAUUAAGCGACCUGACACUAAAUAUCAGCUUGGCUUUAGUGUGCAAAAUGGCGUCAUAUGUAGCCUUCUCAGAGGUGGCAUAGCUGAAAGAGGUGGUGUCAGAGUAGGACAUAGGAUAAUUGAAAUCAACAAUCAGAGUGUUGUUGCUGUUCCGCAUGAGAAGAUAGUGAACCUAUUGGCAACAAGUGUAGGCGAGAUUCUAAUGAAAACAAUGCCGACAUCGAUGUUCCGGCUACUCACUGGUCAAGAAACCCCCGUAUUCAUUUAAUUUAGGAAAGUUAUCAAGCUGACAACAGGUUGAUUCUUGUUUUUAUGCUUGUCUCAGUGUUCCCAAUUAAACCUCUUGAAAAUGAAAAUCAGAAAUGAGAGGCAAUUUACAUGCUUUUAUAUUUAGGCAUGGUUAGCUCUCAAAUCAGUUGCAAAGAGUAUGAGUCUACCCAAAUUUUGACUAUGCUAUUCUUUGUGGGCCUAUCGUUUUGGCUUCUAUUUUUAUUUUCCAAGAAACAGUAUUUAUUAGUAAAGUGAUAAAGCAGAGAUAGGAGAAUGAAGCCACUGGAGAAUGAAAGUCUUCUAACUCGAACCGAGUCCCUCUUACAUCUAUCAUGGAACUGUGAGGAAAUUCUGAGCUAAGAAAAUUUGUUAUAUAGUGUUGUCGUUCGUUAUAAAUCGUUUAAGUCAACAUUUCUGUAAAAAAAACUUUUAAAUUCCGAAUUGGCAAGCGAUUUCCAAGACAACUAAUUGUUGUGGUUUCAGGGAACUGUGUAAAUGUACCCAAAAGAAAUUGUGCAAUAUGACGCAAAAUUGAACAAUUUGAAUCUCAAAGGCUGCCGCCUCCGUAAAGACGUCUGGUAGGCGAAGGGUGUAGGAGUGCACAAGUGCAGUUGGUUAACAUGCUCGAUAUACCGUUGACUUUUUUUUUAUCUUGGGGAGUCAGGUGUUCAGUCCGGACGAGAGGGAAAAGAAGAAGGAAGCAGAAAGGAAUGUCUUGAUUUGAUCUGCACGUCUUGCAGUGGAUUAUGUCUUAUGAUCUCACCCCCUUUCCCUAAAUUUGGUUGUUGUUCCUCUUGCCUCAGCAGCUAUAGUUGUGUUGCAUUUCAUUUCUUUUUUGUUGUCUUUAUCUCAUUAUUCAGUGCGUUGUUUUUCUUUUUAUUGCCUCAAUAUUUACAACCCUGAUAUAGUUUCAAUUGCCCACGGGUCACAAAGGACAAAGUUUGAGGUAGAUAAGCCUUGGCAAAAGUGAGGUAUGAUGAUCAGUCAAUCUGCUCUAAGAAAGGGGAGAUUAAGAGUUAUCUUUCGUAGCUGCACUCAGCAACACUUUUUUCUGAUCGUCUAAGAUUUAUUUGCUUCUGGAUUAUACGAUCCCAGUGUAGCACCAAAAUCUGAGAAUCCCAAAUAUGCUUCAGUGUCAAGCCAUUGUUCGAAAAUACGACGAAUUUUGGAAGAUGUAUGGUUCUUGUUCAGUGCAGUUUCCUUCCCAUUUCGAAGGCUUGUCAGGCCGCCUGACGUGCUGUUCGACAAGCUUUCCACAGGAAAGCUCCGAAUCCUUUCUGUAGAGCACGUUUGGAGGAAAUCCUGGCUCAAGGCGGCCCAACGAGUAGCUCAAUGCGUCGCGCUGUGCCGUUUAAAUGUGCCUUCACGAGCGACUUUGGUUCAGUUUUUUGGCUUGAGCUGAGAAAAAUAAGUCAGUUGGUGCCCGAAAUUCAGCUGACUAAGAAGAGUUUCUAAGUGCAUAUAUAUUACGUGCAGCAGUUCUUCCUUUCGGGCCUAGAUGGAGCUGGAACACUUGAGUAAUCUCUGCUUCGAUGUGAUUUAUUUCAAGUUGCACUUGCUUGUUUAUUAUGGUUGCACUAUCAGUCUCACAAUAACAACGGUGAGGCUCAUUGUGUCCUUCUUUUAAUUUUCUUGUUUUGCCGGUUGAAAAUCCGGGUUUGAUCCCGGCGAAAUGUCCCGGGUUUUUUUAUUUUAAUUUAUGUGUUUCUUUUUAUUAUUUGCGGCCUCAGUCCUGUUUUAAGUUAUUUCUUCGUAUAUAUAUUAAUAAACUACGACCUAACUGUUAUAAGUACGUACUAGGAACAGUGUUCGAAACUCACAGGCGCCAAAUGCGCUUCAGAAAUUGGUCAUGGUGCCUAAAAAUGAAGGCUCUGCGCCAACGUGGCUCCUAAAAAUUGCCCCCCCCCCCUUAAAAAUAAUAAUUUUUCUCUUGGGUGCUUUUUGGAGCUCUUCUCUUCCCCAAGUUACAGCUACUAGUUCCGUAACUAAAACAUCUUGCAUCUAACUUUUCACUUAAUGCGCCAUGAUAUACUCGCAAAAAGUCAUUUCAGCCCCCAGAAAAUCUUCAAUGGCCCCUUUAAAUCGAGCUCGAUAGGCCACAUGAUGAAUUUUGAACACUGACUAGGUAAGAACUUUGCCUUAACAAUGGUCUACGCGAAUUGUUACUCGAAAUUGUUCGGUGUCACGGCAUUUUCAAAAGGGCUACAAACUGCACCAAACUGUAAAUUUGCGAGCUCGCUCGCGAUCGGGUUAUGCUGUCACUGUUUUCAAAAUCAGCCGAAAAACGAAAACACGCACUGAUCUUCCCGACUAACUGCUGAUGGGCAGUCGCUGUCAUUCAGGUUAAGGCUCAUCAAAACAAGACAUUGUAGGCAACACCCAAUACAUCGGUGUCGCUCCUAUAAUUGAUAGCAUUGGAGCACCGCCUAAUGUAGAUAGCCUCAUGAAAUGGACCACAUUUUGUAAUAAGGGACCCCUAUUUCCGGCUGAUUUUAGAAAUAACAUAUGUGCCAUUAGUUUCCCUAAACUAAAAGGUGCUUUUAUAGAGAUAGUGUUCCUCAUUGCAAAAAGUAGUAAAUACAAUCUCGCCCUCGUUUUUCUCGUUCUUGUCGUAUUAAUGGGGUGGUAUCUGUUCACCCAGGUGCUGUUUUGUCACGCUUUUGUAAGCUCUCUCGCAAUUUUCAUAGUUAAGUUUGUACACAACAUUUGAAGCUUUUUCUGGUGGCAUGCUGCUCUUCAAUUUCAAAAAAAGUGGUUUAUUUGAAUUUUGACAGCAGGAAACGGGUUAAAAUUUGUAAGGUUGCCAAUAUUUUCUCAAUUUUUUGCUUAAAGCCUUUUACAUACGGUUCUUUAAUCAGCCUACUAGCAUCAAUAGAUGCACAAAUGGUCCUAUAACGAGGUCUGUUAGAUUAGAAACCGGAUUUUGGUCAUAACUAGCCUACAAUGCGUCCAAAUUAGGUUUUCUUGGACUUUUCUGAUAGCUGAAAAUAUAUUUAAGAACGCUACGUUCAUAAAUUUGAAAAUUCCUAAUUAACUUCGUUGGUAUGUGGCUUGAAGUAAGGUGACAUUAUGGGUGUUCUGUGAUUUUUAUGUUUGACCGAACUUGUCUCUCUUUUUUCGGUCUUGCACUACCUUUUUCAACUCACAAAGAUGAUUGGAGUUUCGUCUCCAUAUCGUGACCGCACACUCAAGUUUUGUCAACGAAAAUUAUCCUAUCCGAAAAUGUAGGAUCAUUGUUGAGCGUUCAAGCAGCUAAAGGGAAAUUGAUAUUUUUGGUUGGAUUUUGACUCAACGGACAACAGUCAAGGGGCAAAGUGUACCUGAAACUCGAUGCAUGUCUACAUAUUCUAUCAAAAUUGUAUGUACAGAACCUUAAGAAAUAUUACUCUGUUCAGCAAGCUAGAAACGACCAUUUUCGAGCACUUUUGCCUGCUCUUCUUCCUCUUGACAAAUGUCAGUUGCCGUUGAUGGUCGAUUCCCGCGCUCCUCACCUACGACGGACUCCUGACCAGUUUUGAAUCAUUUAACCCACUCAAAACAGUGAGAGCGACUUAAACAAUGAUCUUGGUAAUUUUUACUUAACAUACCAAAAGUUUCGGCACAAGGUAUACGGAGUUAAAACAAAAUUUAAUGUUAAAUUUUUGCCCUAUCAGUGAUCGCAUGAUCAAAUUCGUAGAACGCACCUGGCUUACUCGUAUUCAAGGUGACACAGCAUGAACACUGAUCAAAACAAGCAAAAUCUGUGAACGUAGCGUUCUUCAGUAUGUUAACAGGUAUCAGGAAAGUUCAAGAAAACCAAAUUCGGACGCAUUACGGGCUAGUUAUCACCAAAAUCCGGUUUCUAAUCUAACAGACCUCGUGUAUCGACAGUGAAACUGCUAAAAUGCGUAUCUUGGUUGGGAUGUUUCAAAAAAUCCGCUCCUAUUUUCUUGUUUGAAAGGAGACUAAACCGAAGUAAUCACUCGAAAUUUUCCCAGAAAAUCCUUUGAAUAGAUAAGAAAAAACGACGGAGUUUGCAAGAAAUGACGUUUAUUUGUUUUUGAUGUAGAAAAUUAAGUAUGACGGGAAGUCUGCAACGUCCCAAACCGAGAUAAGCAUUUCUGCAGUUUUACCAUCGAUGUAAAACAUCUGUACAUACAAGGUGUCUGGAAUUUAACGUCCUUAACUUUUAGGAUCGAUUUUUUAGCUCAAAAUAUGACUUUUUUAUUCUCUACACAUAUGCACAGAAACGCUUUUUCAGUGAGCUAUGCACUUUCAAAGCUGCCAUUAUUUUUUCUUUCAAAUUGAUGUAACUCCUCGUUAUUUUUUGUAGUAGCUGAAACUUCGUGUCUAGUCUAGGCAUUAUGGAACAUUUGAUGGGAAAACGUGACUGACUACUCCACGGGUGCUUUCCGCCCUAUUUUUGGGUCGUAGGUCGUUAGUUUAAUUACAAUUCCAAGCGCUACUCUUUUUGUAGUCCUUGCAAUAAAAAUUGCCUACCCAGCAAGGAGCUUUUGACAAUCUAAAACUUGUUCGAAGCUCUGUUGCGUCGAAAUGACGCGUUUUGGGAAAAUUUUGUGCAGGACCAUUUGGCUUUGACCGCUUGAUUUUUCGCGCUCUUGCACGUGCCGUAAUCCGUUCCUCCAAACAUCAUCUACCAACAAAUUUCGGAAAAUGGCGUUACUAGCGUUCCCGAAUUUUAAAAUUGCGAUAACUUUUUUGGUGGAUGAUAUUUGGAGAAACGGAUUAUGGCAUAUGAAAGAGCGCGAAAAAUCAAGCGGUGAUGGCCCUGCACAAAAUUUUCCAAAAACGCGUCAUUUCGAUGCAACAGAGCUUCAAACGAGUUUUAGAUCGUCAAAGCUCCUUGCUGGGUAGGCAGUUUUUACUGCAAGGACCGUAAGAAAGCGUAGCGCAUAGCAAAGGAAGCGCAUAGCUCUCUAAUGAAGCGUUUUCAGGCAUAUACAUGUAGGAAAAAAGUCAUAUUUUGAGCCGAAAAAUCGAUGCUGAAAGUUAAGAGCACUAACUUCCAGACAUCCUGAAUAUAUACAUAUAACAAGGUGGUACAAUAAGUUUAUGGAAAGCAUACUAUGCUGUAUAUUAAUUCAAUCAAAUAAUGCUUCUGACAAAACACAUGUGUAGGUCCAACAUCUUUUCAUUCUCUCUUUUGUGCAGAGGAUACAUCCAGUCUCUCAAAUUCUCGGGAGUUGCGUGUUUGAAGUAGUAUUUCCUCAACAGGGAAGAGAGAUCAUUAGGUCAGCAGUAAAUCAAUAAUGCAUCACUUCCUUUGAUUAAUAGACUGAUUUAGUGGCUACGUCGUUUGAUAUAAUAUCGAACCCUUGGUUCAAAAGUAAACAAACACAGAACCUUGUUUCUGAUUCGCGCCCCAUGCGACAUGGUGGUAAAAUGCGUCCAAGUGUUUCUUACAAUAGAAAGUUCUCGUGUUUAAUGAGUCUGUAAUUGAUUUAUGACCGGUCAAUGACUACAUUUUAAUACAUUAAUACACUUUACUGGUGAAGAAUUCGUACAUGAGGAUGUGUUAGUUAGUUUUGGUUUGAACCAAGAGUUCGACAUUAUAUCGAAUGAUGUAGUCACGAGAUCAGUCUAUAGGACAUAAUUGCUUCUUCAUAAUCCUCAGUAGUGCCUUGAAAUUGACACUGACUGCAAAGUAGUUUUGAUUAUGUAUUUAAGUUAAGAAAACGAUGAGCUGAAUGCUGAAAUCCUAAAGUAUUGUAUUUUCCUCUUUUUCCUCCAAAUAUUUUUAAAGAAUGGGUAAGUUGUGUUGGUCACAGAAUCGUGUUUUGCUUGAUUCCGACAGAUUUUCCAAAAGAAAUAAGAUCUGUCCAAACAGCAACUUUCUGCAUUCAAUAUUAACCAAGAUAUCUCGCUUUGAAAAUUCGGUUUAUGCCGUCAUCCUCAGCAGUAGUGACACCAUCGGUUUCUCCCACCUUGCUUUCUUCCGAGUUUCACGUUGAGUAACCGGUGCAAAUGUGUGCCAUCCCUGAUUGAUGAAAGCAAGGUGGAAGAAACCAUGAGUGUCUCUACUGCAGUGAAUGACCUCAUAAACCGAAUUUUUCAAAGCACGAUGGAUAUCUCGGUUAAUAUUGUACAUAGAAAGUUACUGACUAGAUAGACUUGAUUACUUUUAGCUAAUUACAAGCAUCAAACAUUCAAACACGACUCUGUAACUGGCAUUGUUGGACGGACUAACGGACCUAUUGUUGUCUAGUGCCAUAUUAUCAUACAUAAAUUUCCCUCCUGAACCGAGUCAUGAUGAUCCAGUCUCAGGCUCACAACAUUAUAAUUUAUUAUUUCAAUGGGAAUGCUGAGGAGGAUUUUCUUUGCAAAAUAUCCGUAACCUGCCUGUCUUUAAGCACCAAACUCAGCCAUGUGCCAUAUUUACUACUAUUUAAAAUAUUAGCAAAAGUAAUGAAAACUCCUGGUAAUGUUUCCUCUCAAUACAAUUUUUUUUUAUUUUGUUCCAUUGUUCUGUUAUGAUAUACAUCUAUCAGCACAUCUUUUGCUGGAAAUUGAAUCUCCUUUUUUUCAAAAAGAAAGGAAACACUGUCAAUGAUUUUGCUUUUUCGCCAUGUAAGUACGUAGACAGUCUCAAAACAACUAACAAAUGGCUUGAUCAGAAAAAGCCAUCUUACCUGUUGAAAUUUGGUUUAUAAGAGAUUUGCAGUCCAUAUCUUUAGCUUCAAAAUGAAAUCACAUUAGGUCAAAAAUUCAAGGAGCUGAAGUGAUGUCACGAAAAAAUGGGGAAAAAACCCCCUUUAGGUUUUUGGACAGAUUACAUUCUGGAAUUUUACACGUUUAAUUUCUCCGCAAAAGCCAUUGCAGGUUACAAUGUCUUGGUCAAAAGUGAACUUUUUAGAGAUGUCCUGUACAAAUUGCAAGUUUCGAACUGACAAAUGCCAGUUAUCCUGAAUUACGUACCCAUGUAAAAAGCGGUACAAAAUCUUGGGAGGAUUUUUUUUCGCAUGUGCGCAUAAUAUAUCUGUGACUGCGAAUUGUUAACUAUUUAAGCAGAACAAAGACCCAUUUUAAAUCUGAGCGUACAGACUGCAACUUCAUGCAAACUACUUUUCAAUAGCUAGCAUGAUUUUCUCAAACCAGGUCAAACGUCAGUUGUUUUGAGAGAGUCUUUGUAUAAUUGUGACCAUUUACAGGAAAAGAGACCUUAGUCCAUAGAGGCAAACUUUCGGGAGAGCGAUUUCUGCCACGUCGGUUAAAAAAUCGGAUUUCACGAUUUCAGCGGGGAUUUUUCUCUCGUGUACCUAUCCAACAACUUACGUGCGAGUUAUUCGUUUUUUGCGCCACUAAAGGGGCUAAAGUUGCAUUUCAGUCUAUUGUCCUUGGGAUACCAUAUUAGCAUUAUUAAUAGCUUCUAAUCCGAUUGUUAGUUGAGUUGCAAACAUUAAAUCACCACAAAUUGGGUUCAAGUUACCUGUUGUUGGAACAUUUAAUUCUCAAAUAUCUGUAGAGCACUCACAUAUGUCCGGAUAUUAAUAAAUCAAUUUCAAGUAUUUGUUAGACAGGUCUCUUUCUCUGCAGAGGGUCAUCUUUGAUUGUUCCAUUUUAUAACUGAACCCAUACAUCCAAGGUUCAUGAUUGUCUAGUCUUGGUUUUUCUUGUUCUUGUUUUUUUUCUUUUACGUAUGUGUCUGUGAGUUAUUUUUUUGUGAAUGACGUUUUAAAUUUUUUGAUUUGCUCAUUCUUUUGCAUUAAAGGUUGGAUUUCAGGCAUCUUUCUCAAGAAAAUUAAAUUAUAUCUUAUCUGAUUUCGCAGGUAA